AUGAGUGUAUUACAAAAAUCUAUUGAUUUCUUGAUACCUUUAAUAAAACAAAUUACCGGUCCGGUGGUUAUAGGUAUAAGUGGGCCUCAAGGAAGUGGUAAAACUACAGUAUCUAGUAAAUUGACUGAUUAUGUCAAUGAAAACACUGAUCUCCAAGCUAUAACAUUACUGUUGGAUGAUUUUUAUUUAACCUAUAAUGAUCAAAUAAAAUUAAAUCAAUUAUGUGUGGAUAAAUAUGAUGGUAAUAAGUUACUACAAGGUAGGGGAUUACCUGGUACACAUGACAUUGACUUACUUACGGAAGUUCUUGAAAAUUUCCUCAAGGGUAUGGAAUUUCAUACUGUUGGCUACGAUAAAUCCUUACAAAAUGGGAAAGGUGAUAGAAUUCCUGAAGCUAAAACUUUUAAUCCUCCAAAAGUUGAUGUCAUUUUCUUGGAAGGGUGGUUUUUGGGGUUUAAACCAUUAGUCGAUAUCCCAAAAUCAACCGAUCCAAUUGUUAAUCAACAUAAACCUCAACAUUUGAAGUUAGUAGACGAUUUCCUUAUAAAGUAUCAGAGGGCCUUUGGUUACUGUCAAUACAGUGUUAUAAUUGAAACUCCUGACAUAGAUAAUGUCUUCCAAUGGAGAUUACAACAAGAACAUCAACUAAUAAGAGAAAGAGGAAUGGGUAUGACCGAUAAUGAAGUGAAACUCUUUGUUGAUAGAUAUAUGCCGGUUUAUAAGUUGUAUUAUCAUGAGUUAUGUAAUUCUGGAUUGAGUACUAAAGGCAAUAAUUUGGUUGUUAAGAUAGAUAUCGAUAGAUCCGUUGUGGGUGCACAAAUCAUUUAG